CUGCCCUUUAACAUUUAACGAGCAAGAUCCACUGCAAAUUACAAUUAGACCUCCCGAUCACGAAACCCUAAACCCUUAGCUCUCCUUCCUCCUCCGCUCCUCAUUCCACUGAUCCAAAACAUCUUCUUCCUCCUCUUCUGAUUUGGAGUAAUCCACAGCAGUGGUCGCCUCUCGCGAGUUCGUCCAUCUUCUUCCUUCCCUGCCGUCUGUCCAUCGAAGCAGACCUAGGGUUUGGAGCAGGGGACCUUGUCGCGCCAACUUAUUGAAACGACGGGUCUGGAAGUUGUUCGGGGAUUGCUUGACAUAUACUAGUCGAGAUCUGACUUGUAGGCACGAAGACCAAGAAUUUUGAGGCGAUUUGCAGGGGCGCGGUGGAUACAACUGAGACCAUUCAACACUGACACCCCCUCUUGUUCUCUUUUAUGAGAAACACUUCUGAUAGAUCGGCAGUUCGGCAAUCGGCAGUGACAGUCCGGCAAUCGCUGAUAUCCAAGCUCGAAUCCCCACCAGUCCGGCAUCGGCAAUCCCUGGUCUCCAUUCUCAAAGCUCCUGUUUGAGUUCAAGUGGCAUAUCUCCUAAUAAUUUGUUUAGAUGCCAUUCAUGAUCUCCUAAAAUCCUACAAAAAGAAAGACAGUGAUGGAGCAGCGAUUGGAGGAUUCCACUGCUAGUUGACGAACUGGCUAGACCUUCGUCCGCUAGAAGGAUGGCUGCUCGGCAGAUCUCUUUUUCUGAAGAUAUUUUAAAGGAAGAAUUACCUAAAUAGUUUGAACUGCCACAUAUUCCUGAAUAUAAUGGAUCUUCUGAUCCUGAAGAUCAUUUGUGUCGGUUUAAGAAUGUAGCCCUGUUAUACAGAAGGGAUCAAGUGCCGUCUCUUUCUCACCACCUUAGCGGGGCCGGCUCUGCGAUGGUUCAAUACGCUGCGACCCGGAUCUGUGUCUUCUUUUGAUGAAUUCACAACACUAUUUCUCCGCUACUUUUUUAGUUCCAAGUGGUACACACCCACCCCGCUCAGCUUAUUCAAUCUAAAACAGAAGUCUCAAGAAACUCUGCGCAAGUACAUCCAACGGUUCACCUGUGCUGCAUUGGAAAUACCUUCGGGAGUACUAGAAAUUUUGAUGGGCGCCUUCGUCCAAGGACUCAGAGAAGGGGAUUUUUUCCAUUCUCUAUUAGAGGAACCUGCAACGGAUUAUGAAAUGCUUCUUGCAAGGGCUGAGGAGUAUAUCAAUCUGGAGGAGGCUUUACGAGCUCGACAAGAACAAAGAGGAUCUUGGCCGGUUGAAGCUUCAGAACAUCAUCUCGAGUAGCCCCCUCCUCGACCUGUUCGACAUGUUCAACAGAUGUAACCGCCUUAUACUCUACGAUAUUCUAAAGAAAGGGCUAUGCAAAUUUGUGAUGAGCAUCAAUUCUUGAGAAGACCUAGAGGCUUUGAACAGGGGCUUCAAAGACGACCCUCCCCCGCUUUAUGUGAUUUUCAUCAGUAAUAUGGGCAUGCCACACAUAACUGUCGAGGAUUAGAAUGGGAGAGUGGGUCAUUGAGACCUAUCCUCAUAUGAGAAAUAUAUUGACCGACCCUGCUGCUUAUCAACACACACCACCUCCACGCUAUCCUCCCAGACAAGGUUAUCCAAGUCCUCCCCAUCCGGCCCCGCCUCCUCAGAAUCAUCCAGUAGCACCUCAACAAGAAAGGGCGCCAAUACCGAAUCGUGACUCCAAUCUUGUCAGAAGUAGUCAAAAUGAAGCAGUUGGUGGUGAUUGCCGCAGUUUGAUGUUUUCUAAGUAUAAGAAAAGAAGAAUGUUCUACAAUGGGGAUGUAGGCUCCUUGCUACCUACUUUGUACUCCUCAGACUAUUUUACCAAGCCCUCAAUUGACGAGUUGGCAGCACUAGAGACGAUUGACUCAGGUUAUUGUAGCCGAGUUCCUGAUUUCACUAUUGGAAGAGUGGGUUAUGGUCAAAUUAAAUUCAUAGGAAGCACUGAUGUCAGAUGGUUACAUUUGGACCAGAUUGUAAAAUUUGACAGGAAUUCAGUGGUGGUAUAUACUGAUGAGGCUGACAAACCCCCAGUGGGUCAAGGCCUUAACAAAGCUGCUGAAGUAACUUUGACCCUGAAACUAAAAUCAUUAGAUGCUCAUUCUCCGGAAUUAGAUAGAUUCGGUGAUAUACUAAGGAAACGUGCUGAUAGACAAGGAGCCGUCUUUGUCUCAUUUGAUUUGUCAAGUGGCAAUUGGACAUUCCUAGUGCAUCAUUUCAGUAGAUUUGGAUUGGAUGAUGAAGAAGAAGAGGAUAUUGUCAUGAUUGACAACGAUAGUGAUUCAACCGCAGAGGUAAACGAAUUUCCUGCACAUUCUGCUGGGGCUGUGUUAUCUCAUUCACUUCCAGCUCAUCUGGGUCUUGAUCCUGUAAGAAUGCAAGAAUUGAGGGCAUUGAUGUUUUCUGCUGAGGAGUAUGAAGAUCUUAAUGGAUCGUUCCAAAAGAUUAAUAGUUACAACAAGGAACAGUUAAAGGAGGAUUCCCCAGUUAUCAAUGGCAAAAUAUUGGCUAAUACAACAAUAUUACAUGGUUCUUCCAGGAAGGGAAGGAUUCAAAUUAGUUCUUCACCCAUUCGAAGACCCUCUCAAGCCCUACUGGAGUACAAUCUAAAUAACACUGACUUGAGCCCAUCAAGGGACAUUUUUCUGAGUGGUCAUAGGAAGGGGUUGCCACUAACUAGGCUGACAAAGGUAGAGGGGUUUAGACUGGAGGAGAAGCACCAAACUCCUUUAUCUGGAGGAUACUCUAAGAAUAUAGUAGAUGCUGCUUUGUUCAUGGGUAGAUCUUUUCGAGUUGGAUGGGGACCGAAUGGCAUACUUGUUCAUAGUGGUACUCCAGUAGGCAGUCCAAGCUGUGGAUUAUCUUCUCAAGUAAAUAUACAAAAGGUUGCUAUGGACAAAACUGUGAGAGAUAAGAACAAUAAAAUCAAUGAGGAGCUUGUUGAUUUGCAUUUUUCUUCUUUGAUGAAUCUCCACAAGUCGGUAGAACAUGAAACUUCCCAAUUGGUGCAUGAUUCUUUCAAAUUAAAGCUUCUGCGAGUUGAAUGCAGUCGUUUGACUCUUCCUGAAAUUUGCCAGGCUUAUAUUGAGACUAUUGAGAAGGCACAUGAGAUUUCUGAGUUAUCUACAUCUAACCGUGUGUUCUUGAUGCACCAAGUAUCUAUUUGGGCAUUGGUAAGAGUUCUAUUUUCAGAGAGGGAAACAAAUGAACAGUCAAAUGAUGAUGAUAGGGAAGGAAUGAUGCUUGAUACGAAGGAUGACUCUCUUGACAUGGACGUUGAGGCAAAACCUUUCGCUCGGAGAGCAGAAUUUUCUUUUUGGCUGCAAGAGAGUGUUUGCCAUCGAGUUCAGGAUGAGAUAACCUACUUAAAUGAUUCUAGUGAUUUGGAGCAGAUACUUGUACUUUUAACUGGACGGCAGCUGGAUGCAGCAGUUGAGCUUGCUGCUGCAAGAGGAGAUGUCCGACUAGCUAUUUUACUAAGUCAGGCUGGUGGGUCAAUGGUCAGUCGUUCUGACAUGGCACAACAGUUGGAUAUCUGGAGAAUGAAUGGCAUGGAUUUUAAGUUUAUUGAGAAUGAUAGGUUAAAGUUGUAUGAGUUGCUUGCAGGUAAUAUACAAGAUGCAUUCCAGGUUUCAUCCAUUGACUGGAAAAGGUUUCUAGGGUUGAUAAUGUGGUAUCAACUUCCUCCUGAUACCCCAUUGUCUGUGGUAUUUCAUACUUAUCAGCAGCUUCUCUGUGAAAAAAGAGCUCCUCAUCCUGUCCCAGUUUACAUUGAUGAAGGACCUCUUGAGGAAGAAGAAGUGGACUGGAACAUUGGUGAUAAUCAUGACCUUGCAUAUUAUGUUAUGCUUCUUCAUGCUAAUGAAGACAAGAACUUCAACCAACUGAAAACCAUGUUUAGUGCAUUCUCUUCCACAUAUGAUCCACUUGACUACCACAUGAUCUGGCACCAGCGUGCCAUAUUGGAAGCUAUUGGUGCAUUUAGUUCAAAAGAUCUUAGUAUACUUGACAUGAGUUUUGUUGACCAGUUGCUAUGUCUUGGGUUGUGCCAUUGGGCAAUUUAUGUUGUUCUGCACAUGCCUUACUGCGAUGAUGCACCAUAUAUCCAGGCUAAGCUUAUUAAACAGAUUCUGUGUCAAAAUUGUGAAAUUUGGAGCUCUCAAGAGAAUCAAUAUCAGUUUAUUGAAGAACUUGGUAUACCAUCAGAAUGGAUGCAUGAGGCUCUGGCAAUAUACUUCGAGUAUCAGGGAGAUUUGCCAGAGGCCCUGGAACAUUUUCUUAGAUGCUUUAAUUGGAAAAAAGCUCACUCAAUCUUCAUUACAUCAGUGGCUCAUCACUUAUUCCUAUCAUCUCAGGAUGAAGAGAUUUGGAGAAUCACAAGUUUCAUGGAAGAACAUAAGUCUGAAAUUUCUGACUGGGACCUGGGUGCUGGAAUUUAUUUUGAUUUCUACAUUCUAAGGAGUUCAUUGAAAGAGGGGGACAUCAUGAGUGAAACGGACCCUCUUGGAAAGAAAAAUGAUGAAUGCAGAAGCUUUUUUACUCGUUUAAGUGAAUCUCUAUUGAUUUGGGAAAUCAGAUUGCCUGCUGAUGCAAGGUUAACCUACGCAAAGAUGUCAGAAGAACUGUGUAAUCUGCUGAUGUCCAUUCCUGGUUUGAGCUCCACAGCGAUGGUUCAGAUGAGCUGCUUUGACACGAUGCUCAUUGCUCCCACUCCGGAAGAUAUGCGAUCCAGUCAUCUGCAGAGCGCGGUUUCAGUCUUCACUUAUUUUCUAUCAGAGAUCUCAACAUGAAUUCUGUAUCAGUGUCAUCUUUUGCCUUUAAACGUCGUUGUCGGAAGAUCCAAUUGUAACCGUGAUGUGAGAUGUCUGCUCGUGUAAAUUCCUGAGUCUUUCUAGUAUGCGAUCUAAUUUGUAAUGAAAAGAAUGGUGAAUCGGUGAAACAUAUUUGAGAUCUAAUGGGUCGAAUCA